GGCGGGGCUCGCGGCUUCGCGCGAGAACGGCCCGCGCGGCGCAUCCGGUCACGUGCGCGCGCGGUGCCGGGCGGCGGCGGCGGCGGGAUGCGGGUGAAGGUGCUGAGCCGCAACCCCGAUGACUACGUGCGGGAGACCAAGCUGGACCUGCAGCGCGUUCCAAGGAACUAUGACCCUGCACUGCAUCCAUUUGAGGUUGCCCGAGAGUACACAAGAGCUCUGAAUGCCACAAAGCUAGAACGUGUGUUUGCAAAACCCUUUCUUAGUUCACUUGAUGGCCACAGAGAUGGAGUUAAUUGCAUGGCCAAACAUCCAAAAAGUUUGUCUACUGUGCUGUCUGGAGCUUGUGAUGGAGAGGUUAAAAUUUGGAACUUGACCAGACGACAGUGUAUCCGCACGAUACAAGCCCACGAAGGCUUUGUUCGAGGCAUGUGUGCCCGUUUCUGUGGUACAUCUUUCUUCACUGUUGGUGAUGACAAAACUGUGAAGCAGUGGAAAAUGGAGAGCCCAGAAUACGGAGAAGAAGAAGAACCUAUUCAUACAAUUCUUGGAAAGACAGUGUAUACAGGAAUUGAUCACCACUGGAAGGAACCUGUUUUUGCUACCUGUGGCCAUCAAGUGGACAUUUGGGAUGAACAAAGGACAACCCCCAAAUGUUCUCUGACUUGGGGUUUUGAUAGCAUAAGCAGUGUCAAAUUUAAUCCCAUUGAGACUUACCUUUUGGGAAGCUGUGCUUCUGACAGAAAUAUUGUGCUGUAUGACAUGAGAAAAUCAACUCCAUUAAAGAAGGUUAUCUUGAACAUGAGGACAAAUACACUGUGUUGGAACCCUAUGGAAGCUUUCAUUUUUACUGCAGCAAAUGAAGAUUACAACUUAUACACUUUUGAUAUGCGCUUUCUUGAAUCACCUGUGAUGGUGCAUAUGGAUCACGUGUCUGCUGUUCUUGACGUGGAUUAUUCACCCACUGGGAAAGAAUUUGUGUCUGCCAGCUUUGAUAAGUCCAUACGCAUUUUUCCUGUAGACAAAGGUCACAGCAGGGAGGUUUAUCAUACCAAACGAAUGCAGCACGUCAUCACUGUGAAAUGGACUUCAGAUAACAAAUACAUUCUGUGUGGCUCAGAUGAGAUGAAUAUUCGCCUGUGGAAAGCUAAUGCCUCUGAAAAACUGGGAGUGCUUGCACCUCGAGAGAAGGCAGCUAUGAAUUACAAUCAGAAGCUGAAAGAGAAGUUCCAGUUUCACCCGCAGAUCCGGCGCAUAGCUCAGCACCGACACUUGCCCAAGAGCAUUUACUGCCAGAUCAAGGAGCAGCGCAUCAUGAGGGAGGCUCGGCGGCGCAAGGAGCUGAAUCGUCGUAAGCACAGCAAGCCAGGAUCCAUGCCAUUCGUGCCAGAGAGGAAGAAGCAUAUUGUGGCAGUAGUGAAAUAAUUGUUUUCACAUGUACUAAAUGCCACAAUGUAAGAAAAAUGUCACUAUUAAAAUAAUACACUGUACAAAAUUUGAUGGACUUUGUUAGGACAGCAUGUGGUUCCAGAAACAUGACUUUUCUUCCAAGUUUGUGCAUCUUCUGACUUCUCAAGUCAUCGUCUGUUUUGAGUAGUUAUGAGAACUUCCCCUGUAAUAUUUUUUUGCCAUUUUUCUGAUGUUACUGGCCCAAUGCUGCAUAUUGCAGUGGAGUUUGACCUUUUUGAUAUAAGCAGAUAACUUGGUGGAGAAUAUCUGUAAUUCCAGUUCUAUUCCUUGGUACUGUUACUACAAAAAAAAAAGGAUAAAAUAGGUUAAUACUUGUCAAAGCAAAAAAAACCCGCUCCAUACGGAGUUACAAAAAUCAUUGUACUUAUGCUGUCCUUUUAAAAAAUUUUUAUUUAAACAAAUUUAAUAAAGUGACCUUAAGCAAUGGACUAGAUUUUGAUUAUUUGAACUGAUUAUUCCAAAUGUCUGCAUUAUACUUCUUAGAGUACAAUGUACUAUUUUUCUUUUAUCCAGAAAGAAAUUCAACAGGAUUUUCAGACGUCUGUAAACAUUUAUAAUUUUGCUCUGUCUUUUUAACUAUUGUUAUAUAAGCUGACCAAACUUCAGACUGUUAAGUUGCUAAUAUUGAUAAUAACUUAGUUGAAUAAUUUUUCGCUUUUAAAACUUGGAAAAUCUGGAUGAAAAAAAUGACGUAAAUUUUAUAAACCAUAGAAACUCCUUUGGAUGAGAUUUAUUACAAGUUUUCUAUUUUGCAUUUAUAGAUGAAAAAUGGAAGUUUCACACUUGACGAGAUAUCUGUAUCCCAAAAUUCCUUUACGGUUUGGCUGGGAAACACCGUGUUUCUCCAUGCAAUAAACAACCUUUUACUGAAGUUACCAAGGUGGUGAGAAAACUACUGGAAUUAAACUGGGCUGUCUAGACUGAAGAGAGAUAUGAGAUAUGUAAUAACUGUAAUGCUGCCUAACAUCAUCUGCACAAAAAGCUCUUUUUAAGUCUUAACACUACAGUGUGUAAUGACACUCCCCUUGCCCUGAGCUUAUGCACAAAGGAAAAAAAAAAAAGAACUCAAUUAGAGUAAACUUAAUACUUUAUUUUUUUUUUUUAAUCUGGAAAUUGAGCAUUUUGAGCACUUGCCUUCAUGUAGUAUUCUGUUUAAUGUUUCUGCUGACACUAAUCCAUAUGCAUUUCUGGUUCUUACUCUUUAACUUGUCUCUUGCAGUACUGUUUGGGCAAGAUUCCUGAAUCAUCAUGGCAAAAUUAUGGCUCUUUGGUGAUAAGAGACCAUAAUGUAUCUUUGACUCUCUGGAUCACUUACCUUUAUGGGGUGAUGCAGGAAGAGAAGCAGAUCUGAAGAGCUAUAAGUAGGAUGAUGAGAAGAAGUGGAACAGAUCAGGAAAUAGGCUGAUGCUGGCUGUGUGCCUGUUGUACUAAUACAGUGCACUCUGUGCCAAAUACAGUUUAUUUUCUUCCUGAAAUACUGAAAAAAAAUUGAGGGAGAAUAUGCAGUCCAAAAUGCGGCUUGUGACACAGCUGUAGUCAAGUCUUGCACAAUUUGCAAAACCAGACUAAUCUCCUGAAAUGUGAUUAAAAAUUUUCAGCCUUG